UCACAAACCACCAGUGGCGCCCUUUCUCCGCAAUACCUCCCGAGUUCCUUCCGUUUAAGAACCGAGUCAGGUAUGCGCAAUCAAAAAGCGGUACGCGGUACGCGUAGCGAAAGGCGGAAGGGGGGGGUUUUUCUUCGUACGCCAUUCAGUGUAGAUAUGUACCGGGGGGUGGGCCCGCUUCUCGUGGAAUGUUGCCUCUGUUGUGCCUGCUGCAGUUGCUGGGAUUCGGGAGUUGUCCGACGGCGGCCGGGAGCACAGACACGCCACUGACUACAACGUGACACGGCUGGGUUCAUCCUAUGCCAAGAUCUUGUUCCGUGGAUUUCAUCACAACCAUUCCCAACUGGGCUGGAGGAGCAUGAAAAAGGAGCCACGGUGAGGGAGCUGCCACAGCUCAAGACGUGUUGCUCUCGAUCACAGAUUGAGGACUGCUGCGGAUUCACUCGACCCGAUUAUUUGACGUUUCCACUUCCAUUCAUUCGUCAGCUGCAAUGACAGCUGGUCACUUGUCAUAAAACCUUUCGGUGAGGCGUGUACGGACUUAGCCCUCCGCAUCCUUCAGACGACGUCGGGGAGACCGAGUCCGAAGAGGUUUGUCUCCAAUCAGGGGGAUAUGGGCGAGGAAGCGGAACCGAUGCAGUGGUUCGUGGCACGGCAGAGUCAAAAUACAGGGCAGUGAUGCCUGGCAUGGUGAUGUUUCGGCGGCGCUGGUCAGUCGGCAGUGAUGACCUGGUGCUGCCUGCCCUUUUCCUGUUUCUGUUACACUGCAUCUGGCUGGUAGUUCUGUCCGUGGUUCUGUUUGGCCUUCCCUAUGGGUCAGAUCAGUCCUGUUCUAUAACACUGGUGGACCAUGGUCGAGGCUACCUGGGCAUUUUGGUCAGCUGCCUUAUCUGUGAGAGUGCCAUCAUGUGGUUGAGUAUGAGAGGCAGCAUCCUCUACACACAGCCCAGGGAAGCUGUGCAAUACGUCAUCUAUAUCAGACUCGCCAUUCUCCUGGUAGAGCUUGUGUAUGCAGUUGUGGGAAUUGCCUGGCUUGUUCAGUAUUACCAGCCAUGCUCAGAUGUCACUGCCAAAAACUUAGCUUUGGGAAUUGUUGCAUGCAACUGGCUAGUAAUAUUCAGCGUCUGCAUUACACUUAUGUGCACAUUUGAUCCUACCGGUCGGACAUUUGUCAAACUGAAAGCAACUCGCCGGCGUCAACGAAACCUUACAACGUACACACUAAGGCAUAGACUCGAGGAAGGCCAGGCCAGCAGUUGGAGCAGGAGACUAAAAUUUUUCAUGUGCUGCACAAGAGCACAGGAUACACAAUCAGAUGCAUAUUCAGAAGUGGCAAGCCUCUUCGCAGAGUUUUUUAGAGAUUUAGACAUUGUUCCUAGUGAUAUUAUUGCUGGCUUGGUACUCCUGCGUCAGACACAAAGGUCUAAAAGAUCAUCUAUCCUUGACCAGAGCAACAACGAUAUUUUAGCCUUCCUGUCCGGUAUGCCUGUUACUCGGAACACCAGAUAUCUGGACCUUAAGAACUCGACUGAAAUGGGCAUGUACAAGGACGUGUGCUACUACAUGCUCUUUGCUCUUGCUGCAUAUGGUUGGCCCAUGUACCUAAUGAGGAAGCCAGCUUGCGGACUUUGCCGCCUUGUUAGCACCUGCCCCUGCACAACUGUUUCUGGCUCACGUUUGUCCCAGUCAGUGACAGUGGAGGAGGACAAUUGUUGUGGUUGUAAUGUUUUAGCCAUACGCAGACAAUUCUUGGACCGGGAGCUGAAGCAGGUUCACAUAGUCUACACUUCCUGCCAUGAUGCGGUGUACGAGACUCCCUUUUUUGUGGCAGUAGAUCAUGAAAAGAAAAAGGUUGUCAUCAGUAUCAGAGGAACUUUGUCCCUCAAGGAUGCCUUGACUGAUUUGACGGGGGAUUCUGAGCGUUUACCGGUGGAGGAUCAGCAUGGGACUUGGCUUGGUCACAAGGGGAUGGUUUACUCAGCAGAGUACAUUAAGAAGAAACUGGAGCAGGAAAUGAUAUUGUCGCAAGCUUUUGGAAGAGACUUGAACAAGGGCACCAUGCAUUAUGGACUGGUGAUAGUAGGCCAUUCUCUUGGUGCUGGCACUGCUGCUAUUCUCUCUUUCCUGCUGAGACCUCAGUACCCCACACUUCACUGCUACUCUUAUUCCCCACCCGGUGGCCUUCUUAGUGAGGAUGCCAUGGAGUACUCCAAAGAGUUUGUCACCUCUGUAGUUUUAGGCAAAGACCUGGUUCCAAGGCUGGGUUUGUGUCAACUGGAGGGAUUCCGUCGGCAUCUGCUAGAAGUCCUACAGAAAAGUAACAAGCCAAAGUGGAGGAUCAUUGUGGGGGGCACCAAAUGCAUCCCAAAAUCUGAGCUUCCACUUGAGGAGGAGGAUCCGCCAUCUCAGCAAGCAGCACCCCCCAGCAGUCGCCUGUGGCUCCACCCCAGUGAUCUCAGUAUCGCCCUCUCAGCCUCAACCCCUCUCUACCCUCCUGGUCGAAUCAUCCACGUGGUGCACAACCAUCCUCCAGAGACUUGCUGUGGUCAAGAAGAACCAACAUACUCAGCUCUAUGGGGGGACAACAAGGCCUUCAAUGAGGUCAUCAUAUCGCCUGCCAUGCUUAAUGAGCACAUGCCUCACAUGGUGAUGGAGGGUCUAAACAAGGUUUUGGAGAACUACAACAAAGGAAAAACGGCUUUGCUCUCUGCAGCCAAGAUUAUGGUGAGCCCGACAGAAGUUGAUUUGAACCCUGAGAGUGUGUUCAUGGCGGCAUCUGCGACAGCCCAGCAGCCAAUGCCUACAGCCCACCACCGCAGGAACAGUAGUGUUCGACAAAAAACACUGUUACGUUCCUGUGCCCAGUCUGAAAUAUCUCUGGAUGGUUUCUCUGAGUGUCCUCCUCCUCCAGUACCCGUAGUGUUGCGUGGAGCACGGGAGCGGCUGACUGUGGAGCUUAGGGACCGCAAAGCUCCAUUGGCUGUCAUGGAAAGCCUGUCAGAUGCUGAAUCUGUUUAUAGCCUGGAUUCCAGGCGCUCCUCUGCAGCGCUCAGAGGUUCUCCAAUGCUUAGUAGCCUCCCUUUCCCUUUGGAUGCCCCAAUUCCUGAAGAGAAUCCAUCUCUCAGCUCUCGCACGGAACUGCUGGCUGCUGACUGCCUUUGCCAGGCGACACCGGAACACCUAGGAGAGAUUGGGCCUUUCUAUACACCAUUGGACCCUGUAUCUAAUCCAGAGUACUCCAUCCAGUUGUCCCCUGCCACACCUCGCUACAGUGGACAUUAUUCCCCUGAGGCUUUCAACGUAGAGCAAGUCAUCUACCCUAGAGAUCCAUUAGAGUUCGAACAGAUGCCGGGCAUCUACAGCCCAGGUAGCACUCCAGACGCUCCCCGCAGUCCACAAAUUACUUCGAGAGCAAUGGAUGGUGACAAGGAAGAGUGGGAGUUCAGCAUGGAGACUAGAUCAGCAACUUCCCCUCCGCCGCCUCAGCUAUCAAAUGGAAACCCCAGCCGGACAGUGCUGGAAUUUGCCCAGUACUUGGACUCUUUAUUUAAACUAGAUGGCAGCAGCUCACCUCCAAUGGAUCUGUCAGAUGGGGAGUCAGAGUCAGGACGGGGAUCUCUCGGACACAUUGAGUGUGUGGGAGACGAACCCGAUGACAAACAGCUUCUGGCCAGGGCAACGUUGGAGCCGAAUCUGGUCCCCAAGCCCCCACGCACUUUUGCCGGAUCUGCUGACCCUUCUUCUGGCAUCUCGUUGUCACCAUCCUUCCCUCUCUCAUCAUCUGAGGAACUCAAUGACCUUUCGCCCGGUGAGGGUGCCCCACCUGCCAUUGACUCACUACGAACAUCCAACCCCAUCCAUUGCCCUGAGGAGAACACUUUGUCCUCUAUGGUCUAGCUCACUAUAACAAACUAAUGCCAAAUGAAGUGGCACAGUCACCCCCCAUCAAAAAGUAAAGAAAAAAAGAGAAAAAAAACAUAUCACCGUAUGUGCAUGCGAUGGAAUGUAGUCACUCAUCAGAGACCUAAUGACUUACCAACUCGCCAAUAAUAUCCAUUCUUCAGGUGUCCCUCCACCUCACUUGAAUGAUGUUUAUAGCAUUUUCACACUAUUGCAAUGAGUACAAAAAAAAAAAACAGAUACCUCUCUGCAUGCCAGGGGGCUGUGCUGCUUUUGGGUGGAAAUGAACAACUGUAGCUUCACAAAUGCCGUUGCAAAACAAUGUCACGAGACAUUUCAGCCAAUGUUAUCCCUUGACUUAACUCUAACAAAGAGAGAGUCGAUAACUUCGCAGGGAAUCAAAAGCUAACACUGUAGAAGAAGCUAGUUUGCAUAGGCACAUCUUCUCGGGUUGAUGUACUCUACUACUUCCUGCAUCCGCAACAGCGUAUUUUCUUUCUGCUUUUUAGUUUUCAUUGUUCAGUCAGGAAUGUGAAGAUGGACAUAUGUCAGUCAGUGGAAGCGUGAAGACGUGACACAAUGUUCCUCAGGUCUGUACAGAGUUGGUGUCGAGAAAGAGAUUGUGUGUGGUUGAAGUCAUGUGUCUUAAACAUUUGGUGAUUGUGACAAAGUUAUUACAGAUGCCUAUGAAUGUUUUUGAUGCAUUUCGUUUACUCUUUAUAGUGCAUGAUAUUUCUUUUGUCUUUCCUUUCAAAGAGAUUUUGUCACGAAGCCUCUUAGCUUGACAAUUGGGUACUCUUGCGCAAAACACCUUUGCUUAGUCCCCUCUUUGCCAAAUAAUUUAAUACAGUGAUAUUGCCAAAUGUAUUUCUCAGAUGUACUUUUGUAUAUGUUUAAUUCUUUAUUACAACACUAAAAGCUAUGUUUAUUAUAUCCUUCUCCUGUCAUUCCCAUGGAGACUGUUACACACGACAGGAAAGACACCACGUUACCACAGUUACCACAACAUAUUUUUGUCAAGCACCAGGCUGCAAUAACCACCUAGCUCAUAGUUGUUUUGGUUUCCAAGGCUCUACCGCCUUCAUGGUUUCCUAGUUUUGUUCACACAAAUGCUGCCAUCAUGUCAGAGAAAGCCUUUCCUUUUUAAAAGUAGUUGAGUGCAAAUGCAGGAUCCCAGACAUAACCAAAACAUAUUUUUUGUAAUUGUCCCAGGUUACAUUUUCUCUUGGUGUCAAGGUGCUUUCAGACAUAAUUGACAUCAGGUGUUUGCUUCCCUUUAAUCUGGUCCGCCACACUCUUCCUCGAGGUUGGACUGCAUGGCUAAAUGAGCUGGUGUCAAUCCUAUAUGUGGCAUACACUCUUCCAUAUCGCCAUGUGUGUAACAGGUGAACAGGGGGCUUACUACUUGCAUUAUUUAUUACGAUAAAUGGUUUCACUUUUAUUGCUGUAUUUGAUGGUAAUAUUAUCUUUAUUGCUCUUGCAUCAGAUUGGUGUUGGUGUUUUUUUAAGCUUCUUUUUUUUUUUUUUUUUUUUAAUGAAUUUCCUAGGAGUUGUUCAUUUAUUUUUUUUCCCCCCUGUCCAAAUAGAAAUGUAUUUAACAUUCAGCUAUUGAACAUUUACAAAUUUGCCAUAGUGGUGGGACAUUCAGCAGAAUGACCUCUGGUGGGAUGCAGAGCCAGGAGUCGGCGAGAUCUGCACAUUUUCUGUUUGGAUCAACAGUUGUUACUCACAGCAUAUCUCACAUUUUGCCAGUUUACAGUACGUCACCGUACAGAUCAUCUUGCCAGUCUCACUUCCCUCACACAAACACAAUUAGUUUAUAAACACAAUAAAUUAUUAAGCUCCAAACCAGUCAGUGAACUGUUUGGUGAUAGUGUGUAUAGCACCAUUCUCUGUAUUAUUUAUGCAGAUGUCAUAAGAAAAUAUUUAAUUCUAAUAGUUGCGUAGAGAACAACUGUACAAGACUCAAUAGCUUUAUAUUUAAAAAUUUUAAUAUUGACAUAUAUUACAAAAAAUAUUUCAUCUGAAAGUUAUUUAUUGAAACUAUUGGAAGAAUUUACAAAUUGUUCUAUACAGAAAGAAUAUUUGCAUAUGUGUCGUCUUCAUGUUUACCUGGUUUGCUUCCUUCUCCUGCCCCUAAUUGGAAUGUAUGUUAUCUCUCCCUUAUUUAACUUGCCCGCUAUGGAAUAAAUCAUAAA